AAUGAAAAAUUGGCACUGGAAAAACCCAGACCGCGCGCCCUCAACGACGCGAAGUUACGCCCCUGUCUGCAAUGGAUCCACUGAAAUUUCUCACACAACAAAGUGGUGUUUUCUUACUUUAAUCACGGUCAAAAACCUGUGUCUGUGUUGUCAAUUUCAGCUGUAGACAGCCAAAAAUGUUUGCCAAAACACAUUGGUUAAUUUAAGUGUUUAUAACAUUUAAUUUUUUUUGAAAUAGCGGUAAUUGUGCUUUCAAAAAAUGUUAUCAUCUUCAUAUCAUUUUGUUACAAGGCUGGACUGCAAUACAGAAAUACCUCUUUAAAAUGUUUGGUUUAUUUAAUGGAGCCUUCUCCUCACCUUCCGGCUCCGGUUAUAUACCGGAAAUGGAACAGAUCAUUAGCCAGCUGGAAAGGGGAACACUAGUCACAAAGUUCUCUUGGCGGAGAAAAGCGGAACGUAAAACUUUGGCUAUACGUAGAGAAACCAGGCAAGUCGUCUGGAGUAAGACGGUCUCGGGCGUGAAACCCUCUUUUGACGGGUUCGUAGAUUUAAGAGAAAUUAAGGAGAUACGCAUAGGAAAGAAUUCUAAGGAUUUCGAUAAGUGGCCUGAAGAUUCUAAAAAAAUCGACAACGCCAAAUGUUUCGUCGUUUUUUACGGAUCUGAAUUUAAACUUAGGGUUCUAAGCAUCACUGCGUUCUCGGAGAAAGAAUGCGAAUUGUGGGUGAAAGGUCUUAGGUAUCUCGUUCGUGACACGAUCAACAGUCCAUAUCCUUUGCAAGUACAAACGUGGCUUCGGCGAGAGUUUUAUUCAAUGGAAACUCCCAGAGAAUCGGUUUCCCUGAAGGAAGUCAAAGGUUUUUUACCGAGGUUAAAUUCGAAAAUACCGACUAACCGAUUGAGAGAAAUCUUUAAUGAAGUCGAUACGAGGAAGCGUGGAGAAAUCGGAUUUGAUGAUUUUGCCACUUUGUAUCACAAAAUCAUCUUCGAUGAAAAUAAUAUCCAAGAAACGUUCGAUAGAUACACAUUAUACUCUGCAAAUUUAAAAACGGUAACGCUACAAGAAUUUCAGAGUUUCCUAAUACAAGAGCAACUGGACGAGUUAGGAAACGACGAGCGUAAAGUAUCCGAAUUUAUACGGGAAUUUUUGAAGGACCCACAAAGAGACGUACAGGAACCGUACUUUGCAAUGGCGGAGUUUCUAGAUUUCCUGUUUUCUAAACAAAACGAUUUGUGGGAUACCUCGAAGGAUAUCGUCUAUCAGGAUAUGACGAAACCGUUAGCUCAUUACUACAUCUCCUCGUCGCAUAACACAUAUUUAACGGGCGAUCAGUUCUCGAGCGAGUCUUCCGUAGAAGCUUACGUACGUUGCCUUCGAAUGGGUUGUCGAUGUAUAGAGUUGGACUGUUGGGAUGGUCCCGACGGUAUGCCCUUUAUUUACCACGGUCAUACUUUGACGACGAAAAUUAAGUUUCUCGACGUUAUACGUACAAUUAAGGAGCACGCAUUUUCCACCUCCGAGUAUCCGGUAAUAUUAUCGAUCGAGGACAACUGCUCUCUGCCCCAACAAAGGAAAAUGGCUACCGCUAUGCAAGAAGUUUUUGGAGAUAUGUUGCUGACGCAUCCGAUGGAAAAAAAUGAAAAGCAGCUUCCAUCGCCCUUCCAAUUGAGGCGACGUAUAAUUUUGAAACACAAAAAGUUACCAGAAGGUCAGGACGAGAGCUCUUUUAUUAUACGGAACGAUUCGAAUGAGAUGGACCUUCGAAAUUCCAUCAAAAAUGGUAUCAUGUACAUAGAAGAUGCUGUCGACCACGAGUGGAGUCCGCAUUUCUUUGUGUUGACCCAAAAUAAAUUAUUCUACACGGAUAGUUAUAGACCUGACCAGGAUUCAGAGAGGUCAGAGGACGAAGAUGACCCGAUCACAUCUCACCGGCCGAAAAGUGACGUACCCAAUGAAGAAUUGCACUUUAGUGAAAAGUGGUUCCACGGCAGACUUCCGAAGGGUCGCGAGGAAGCCGAACACCUACUGGAAACUUACUCGCACUUGGGGGACGGGACGUUUUUAGUUCGUACUAGCGUAACAUUCGUCGGCGAAUACUGUCUGUCGUUCUGGCGAAACGGUUCUGUUAACCACUGUAGAAUUAAGUCUAAGCAAGAUAAACAGCAAACGAAAUAUUAUUUAACAGACACCAAGUAUUUUGAUAGCUUAUACAGUUUAAUUACGCAUUAUCGCACGCAUCCCUUAGUUACGGCGGAAUUUUCAAUUACUCUUCAAGAACCCGUCCCGCAACCAAAUAAACACGAAGGGAAGGAGUGGUAUCACAAGAACACCAGUCGGGUUCAAAGCGAAGAAAUGCUGAAGAGGAUCAGAAUGGAGGGGGCGUUUCUGGUUAGACCGAGCGAAAACGGUGCCAAUUCCUACACUAUUAGUUUUAGAGCGGAUAAAAAAAUCAAACAUUGUCGAAUAAAAUUGGAGGGUCGCCUCUACACCAUAGGGAACGUCGAAUUCGAAAGUCUCGUCGAGCUGAUUAGUUACUACGAGCAUCACCCCUUGUAUCAUAAGGUCAAACUGUGCUAUCCCGUCACAGAAGAGAUCGUGAGAAGGAUUGGUCUGGAAAAUGAAGAUGCUAAUAAUUAUAAUGGAACUCCGGCGUAUAUGGAUCCUACAUCGUUCUCGUCUCCCAAGAUUACCGUGAAAGCCAUUUACGAUUACAAGGCACAGCAACCAGACGAGCUAUCCUUUUGCAAGCACGCCAUAAUCACUAACGUCACAAAACCGGAUCCUUCCGAGGGAUGGUGGAAAGGUGAUUAUGGUGGAAAAAAGCAACUAUUUUUCCCCGCGAAUUACGUUGAAGAAAUCGAUCGAAGCGAUCAUCACGAAAGUGGCGAGGAUGGGUCGGAUGAGUCGAUGCUUCAGGGCUGUUUAGAUAUGAACGGCGCGUUUGCCGAUAUGCAUCACUGCCCUUCGCGGCCCAGCUUGGAAUGGGAAUUGCGCAUUGUGACGUCGACAGCUUGCGCUCCUUUGGAUGUGGCGGUGCAAUCGCGAGAAAUGGCACUUGAAUGGUUGGAAGCCAUUAAAGAAGCAGCUCAAAAGGCGAACGUGCUCGAAACGCAGCAUCGAGAAAUGGAACGAGCCUUUCGAAUCGCGAAGGAAAUGUCAAACUUGAUUAUUUACUGUCGCUCGGUCGCCUUCUCCAUCGAAAGAGCGAAGCAAAACUUUAUUUUCUACGAAAUGUCAUCGUUUCCUGAAAAUAAGGCGGAAAAAUUAAUAUGCCAACAAGAAAACAAAUUCUUCCUGAAGUAUCACAAGAUUCAAUUCUCGCGGGUUUAUCCAAAAGGUCAACGAAUCGACUCGUCCAAUUACAACCCGAUAAACCUGUGGAAUUCGGGCUCGCAGAUGGUGGCGCUAAAUUUCCAAACCGGAGACAAGCCGAUGCAACUAAAUCAGGCGAAGUUUCGCGACAACGGCAAUUCCGGUUACCUCCUGAAGCCUCGUUUUAUGUUCAGGGACGAGUUCGAUCCAUAUGAUAAGAACACGCUGGUGGACGUCGAGCCGAUGACUAUUUCGAUACGGAUAAUCGCGGCGAGACAUUUGAGCAAAUCGAAGAAGGGAAUGGCGAGCCCGUUCGUCGAAGUGGAAAUUGUGGGAGCCGAGUUCGAUUCGGGGGUCAAACUUACGACGAAGCCGAUUUCCGACAACGGUUUUAAUCCGGUGUGGAAUGAGAUUUGUGAAUUUGACGUUUGCAAUCCCGAUUUUGCCUUGCUAAGGUUUUUGGUUCAGGACGAGGACGUUUUUGGUGAUCCGAAUUUUAUUGGACAGGCAACCUACCCGGUCACUUGUCUAAGGACGGGGUAUAGAAGUGUUUGCCUGAAGAAUAUGUACAAUGAGGAUGUAGAACUGGGAUCACUACUUAUUCAUAUUAGCAAACGAAAUCCUAUGGAAUCAACAAACAACUUACAUUCCAACACUUUAAGUCACCGACAUUCGGAUGGUCAUACAUUUUAACGAUAACUCUCCACUUUGAAAGAUAAUGAUAAAGCUCAAUGAGAAUAUCACUGAAACGACUUGAUACGAAUUACCUACUGUCUCUGUAUCAUACGACUCGAGAGAGACUAAUAUCAGCACGCUGUGAUUUACAAAGAAUGAUAAAAAAAUAUAUAUAUUUAUUUUGUUGUGGUCUUACAAUAAUAUUAUAAUUAAUGUUCAUGUUAUGAUUGCCAAAAGAAGUAUACUAAAAAUUUGAAUUUUAUUAUAGGCAGUUGAUUAAAUUAAUAUUUAAAGGUGCGAUAUGCAAUAAUGGCCUCGCAUAUGCGAUUCGUGUUUAAAUUAUUGUGCAGAGGAACCAAUGAAAGAAAAAAACAUAGUGAUAAUACAAUAAAACAACAUCAAAAAAUACUGAGCCGACAGUAUCUCACAAAAUCUGUACAAAUCAUUAUCAGUUAAUUCAAAAUUUAUUCCCAUAAGUAUAUACACUUUGUAUAUUUUUUUUUACUUUAUCAUAGAUCCAAUAAAAUUCGCAUAUCUAUAAUUUAUUUAAACAUAUCAUUGUACCUAAAGCCAAAAAGUAUGGGUAUUUUUAGUAGCAUUGCUAUGUCUAUAAGCUCAAUUAUACUACUGACUUGUAUUGUCUAUGAAUGUUUAUAGUUUAUUAUAAUAUGUAUACACAUAAUAUGAGAUUUAUUGUGAGGAAUUUAAUUUUUAUAAGUUGGUCUUGUUAAUCUUUUAACCUGUUAGAUUGAAAUAAAAAGUGUACUUA